AUGGAUUUUAUUCAAUUAAUCGAGAAUAAUGCCUGUUUAAAAGCAUAUUUCACUGAAUUUCCAAAGAAGUUAAAGAAACUAGCAUGUGAGGGAAAUAUGAUAAAAUUUUCUGAAAAAAAAAUUGAAGUAGAUCCAGAGCAGCUGGGUGAAUAUUUAGCAUCAAAUGCAUCUAUAUUUCCAAUAAAGACAGUCAUGGAUUUCUUCGAGACUCUUCAUGUCCUUCAAUUUAGAAAAACAUGCAGUACAAGGAAUAAAAUUUCGUAUUUUUUCGUCCAUCCAAAAUUUGGUAAAAACAGCAUAAUUUUUGAUGACUUUUACAAAGAAGAAAUAGAUAUGAACAUCAAGGAAUUGAAGAACACUAAACGCAUGAGUCCAAUUCAUUACAUUGAGCUGUUUGAUCGACUGAUUCGAAUGAAUAAUACCAAGAAAAUUAAGAUUUCAAGGCUUGAAUUUACUCGACUGAAGCUUCAAUACGUUUUACAAAGAAAAAUUGACUUAAUAAAGUAUGCAGAGGAUGUAGUUGAUCAUAAUAUCGAGGAACCUGCAUAUACGAAAAACAAUGAAAUAGCUGGCUAUUAUGGAAAUGUUGAAAUUGACACAUUGAAGAAAGUCUUUUGUAAUUAUUUCCCAAUUUAUCAGACUUCUGUUGAGGAACCAAUGGAUAUAGAUCCACCAACUGUAGUUACUCAAGCUGUAGAGCAACUAAUUGCCAUCAAUCAAGCUAAUGAGCAACCUGUUGAUACUGAAAUGCCUAAUGAACAUGAUCCAGCAAGUCAGGAUAUCAUAGUUGAUGUCUGUUCACUUCCAGAAGUACGCAAGUAUGAGGAACCGAUGCAAUCAAAAGUUAUAGAUGAUGAAGAUAAGGAAAAUCAGCCACCACCAAAGAAGAAACGUCGUUGCAAAACCUUUCCUGGAAAAAUCUCGACAAAGGAAACGAAUGAUGCCUUAACAUUCUUGGAAAAUGAGGUCGGUGCCAUGUCUAGUAACAUUUAA